UAUAAAACGUGUCUGAACUGGUGUAGGUAGCGCGUCGGUUCAACGUGACGUUUAGUUUUUGAUCGCUGGUCGUUGAAUACUGUUCGUUAAUGAAAAAUAUAUAUUAAUUUAACAAAAACAAAAUAACAAAGAAUGUCUUCGAGUGAUAUAAACAUGCUUGUCGACAUGGGCUUCAGUUUACCUAAAGCGGAGAAAGCUUUAGAGGUGACUGGAAACAAAGGCGUCGUUCCAGCAAUGGAAUGGCUUUUGGCCCAUUCAGAUGAUGCAGAACCAUCACCUGAAUCUGUUGUUGAAAAUAUACCAACGUCUGUUGCUGAAACACCAGCAGAGGACAACACAGCGACUGCUAGUAGUCAAGUAUCGACUACUGAAGUUGCCAAAUCUAUGAAAUGUGAUGUAUGUGGGAAACUAUUCAAAACUAAUCUGGAAGUUGAAUUUCAUGCAACAAAGUCUGGACAUGAUAAAUUUUCAGAAAGUACAGAAGAAAAGAAGCCUCUUACAGAAGAGGAAAAGAAGGAACAAUUAAGAAUAUUAACAGAAAAGUUAAGACAAAAAAAUAAAGAGCGGGAAGAACAGGAGAGAUUAGAUACAUUUACAAGAGAGAAGAAUAGGAUACGAGUUGGAAAAGAAAUGGCUCAAGCUAAAAAGAAAUGGGAGGAAUUAGAAACAAAAAAGAUGUUGGAACAAAGAAGGCAAGAAAAAGAAGAAGAAAAACUAGCACGACAAAGGAUAAAAGCGCAGAUUGAAGCAGACAAAGCGGCUAGACGUGCCAGAGCUAAUAACAUAGAACCACCUCAACAAACUCCACCCGUACCUUCAUCUUCUACAACACUCCCCAGAAAAGACUAUAGUGAAACAAAGUUACAGAUUAGACUUACCAAUGGACAAACAUUAAUGCAAACGUUUGGAAGCAAAGAACAGUUAUCUGCAGUAAGAUUGUACAUUGAAAUGAACAGAACGGAUGAUACUGGACCAUUUAGCCUAAUGACGAAUUUCCCAAAGAAAAUUUUCACAGAAGACGAUUAUGACACUCCAUUAGAUGUUUUAGGGUUAGUACCAUCAUCUGUAAUAAUCGUUAAGAAGAAAGUGCAGCAAUCUUCAUAAAUACCGGAAUUUCUUGCCUUACAACCAGUAAUACGGCUUACAAAUAAAUAUAUCAAUGUACAAUGUCCAACAGAUUGUUUAUUGAUAAGACAUUUUUAAUUUUUAACUAUUCUCCGUUUGUAAUUUAUAUGCAGUACACGGCCUGUGACAUUUAUUAUACGAGAAUGAUACGAUCUACAGAAGUUCAAGGAAUAAAAAAGACUACACAUUUGGAAAUGC